AUGACCCCAGAAGGAGAUGUGGAGAGCAGCGUGUCGUCUUUUGCUGGCAAAUUCACCACAGAACAUUGCCCUCUACCCGGAGGAGCCCCUCCAGACCCCUGCACGACGUACACUCAGAAGAGACACUAUGCUGACGCUGUCUGCUCCAUCAUUCACAGCAAAGUAUUCCAGGCAUGUCACGAUGUCGUGGAGAGGGAGCCCUAUUUUCGCCUCUGUCGAUCCGAAGUGUGCAGCUGUGCGGCCCAGAGGGCCUGUCAUUGCACAGUGCUCACUGCCUUUGCCCGACACUGUGCCCAGGAGGGUAUCGCUGUCCAAUGGCGGAACCAGACCUUCUGCUCCGUCCAGUGUUCCGGGGGUCAGGUCCAUCAUGAGUGCGGUCGAGCAUGCGGCCGCAAGUGUUCAGACCUGCAGCACGGCUGGAGCUGUGAUGAUGACGGCAGCGGUGGCGGUGAUGAGCUUUGUGUUCCGGGUUGCCAGUGCCCUGCAGGACUCGUGCAGGACUACCAAGGACAGUGUGUGCCCACCACUAUGUGCCUGUGUGUUCAAGGAGACAAGAUGUAUCUACCUGGGGAAUUUGUUCAGAACGGCUGUAAGACCUGCGUGUGUGAGGAGGGGCGCUUUAACUGCACGCGGGCCCCCUGCGAAGAGGUCAACAAGUGUCCUGGCUCUCUGAUCUACGCUCCACGUUCAUGCCUCCUCACGUGCGCCAGUUUGGACCCCCCAAAUCAGCAGCAAGGGUCCGGCUUGCUGAGUUGCAUAGAGCCCCUAUCUGGCUGUGUGUGCCCCACCGGAACUGUCCUGCUUGGUGAUCAGUGCGUCCUGCCUGCCGAAUGCCCGUGUCGCCAUAAUGGCCGCCUGUACUACAGCAACGACACCAUCACGAAAGACUGCAACACAUGUGUGUGUAAGGAGCGCCACUGGCACUGUAGCCAGUCGGCCUGCGCCGGCAUGUGCGUGGCUACCGGAGACCCUCAUUACGUGACGUUCGAUGGGCGCUACUUCUCUUUCCUGGGAGACUGCCAGUACGUCCUGGCGAGGGAGACCAGCGGGUUGUUCAGCGUCACGGCGGAGAACGUGCCCUGCGGAAGCACCGGGGUCACCUGUACCAAGUCCGUUACGCUCAGCCUUGGCAACACCAUUAUACACCUGCUGAGGGGUAAAGCAGUGACCGUUAACGGGAUGCCAGUGACUCUACCCAAGACCUACAGCGGGAGUGGUCUGACUUUGGAAAAAGUGGGCAUGUUUGUGUCACUUUCCUCCAGACUUGGGGUCACUCUGCUGUGGGAUGGAGGUAUGCGUGUGUACGUGCGCCUGGCCGCACACUUGAGGGGAAACGUUGGAGGCCUGUGCGGUAACUUCGAUGGGGACACGGAGAAUGACUUCACCACACGACAAGGCAUCGUGGAGUCCACCGCUGAGCUGUUUGGGAAUUCUUGGAAGGUCAGCCCAUCCUGCCCCGAUGUAGCAGACCAAGAUCUUCGAGACCCCUGCUCGGUUAACUCGCACAGAGUACCGUGGGCCAGGAAAAGAUGUGGCAUUUUGACUCAGGAGCUCUUCUCUCCAUGCCACCUUGAAGUGCCCUUCCAGCAGUAUUAUGACUGGUGUGUCUUUGAUGCGUGUGGCUGUGACUCCGGUGGGGACUGUGAGUGCUUGUGCACAGCCAUCGCCACUUAUGCCGAAGAGUGUAACCGCAGGGGGGUGUACAUUCGCUGGAGGUCCCAGGAGCUCUGUCCCCUGCAAUGCGAAAAUGGACUUGUUUAUGACCCGUGCGGUCCGGCUUGCUCCCCUUCAUGUCCCAAUGUGCAUCAGAGUCCUCACUCCCAAUGUGACGUCCUUUCCUGUGUGGAGGGCUGCUUCUGCCCCGCUGGUACUGUUCGAUACGGUAAGAUAUAUCAAACUAGAAUGCUUGUAAUGGUCGCCUAA